AUAGAGUACAUUGACACUUCUUGUACCUUCAGGUAUCGAUGGAACACUGAUAAACAGGUUCUGGUGCUGAAGUUCACGGAUCUGGACGGAUACGGGAUCGGAAUGCUCAGCUGGUUCGCCGUCCACGCCGUCAGCAUGAACUCCACCAACCGCAUGGUGAGCAGCGACAACAUUGGCCACGCCUCCUACCUGCUGGAGCAGGACAAGAACCGGGGACAGCUACCUGGACAGGGCAGCUUCGUAGCUGGUUUCUCUUCCAGUAACCUUGGAGACGUCAGUCCGAACACCAGAGGACCUGUCUGUCUGAACACUGGACAGCCCUGUGAUUACCUGAACAGCUCCUGUCCUGUAGGAGGGACUCAGAUGUGUAAGGCAUUUGGACCCGGAGAAGACAUGUUCGACAGCACGAGGGUCAUCGGACACAACGUCUACAGGAAGGCCAAGGAGCUGUAUGCUAAGGCAGUGGAGGAGGUGACUGGCCCCCUUCAGGCGGCCCAUCAGUGGGUCAACAUGACGGACGUCACGGUUCAGAUCAACGACACACACACGGUCAGUACAUGUAAACCAGCUCUGGGUCACAGCUUUGCAGCAGGAACAACAGAUGGAGGAGGAGAACUCAACUUCACUCAAGGCGCUGUGGAAGGCGACCCAUUCUGGGACGGGAUCAGAGACGCCCUGCUGGGUCAGCCGUCCAAUCAGACGCAGGAGUGUCAUCAUCCCAAACCCAUCCUGAUCAGCACAGGGGAGAUGAACUGGCCUCUGCCGUGGCAUCCGCAGAUCGUCGAUGUUCAGAUCAUCACCAUCGGCAAUGUAGCCAUCGUAGCUGUUCCUGGAGAGAUGACCACCAUGUCGGGGAGGAGGCUACGAGAAGCCGUCAAACAGGAGCUAGAGUCUGAGGGGGCGUUCAGGGACACGGAAGUGGUGGUUGCCGGCCUGAGUAACGUCUACACUCACUACAUCACCACCUAUGAAGAGUACCAGGUGCAGCGGUACGAAGGAGCCUCCACCAUCUAUGGUCCGCACACGCUCAGUGCGUACCUGCACAGGUACCGAGGCCUGGCCAGAGCCAUCGCACAGAACAGAGUGUCGGAGCUGCCGCUCGGCCCUCAGCCUCCGUUCUUCCGGAAGAAUCUCUUCAAUCUGCUGCCUGCACCGACCGUGGACAGGAAACCAGAGAACAGCAGUUUUGGAGACGUCCUGGAGCAGGUGUACCCCGUCUACAGACAGGGUGAUGUCGUCUCCGUCACGUUCGUAGCAGGAAACCCCAGAAACUCUGGAGACAUCAGAGAUAAAACUUUGGUGACUGUGGAGAUUUAUGACAACAGAACAGACACCUGGAAGAUCGUCCACACUGAUGCAUCAUGGGAGACCAGGUUUCACUGGCUGAAGGGUUCGAACCAGCGGAGUAACUCCACCAUCGAGUGGCACGUCCCCCUGUCGGCCCCCAGCGGCUCCUACAGGAUCAAACACUACGGACACUACAAGAACAGGACGGGCUGGCAGACCUUCAUCACGCCGUACGAAGGCACGUCCGACGUCUUCAGGGUCUCUGCCAGCUUCUACCAUCAGUGAACUUCAGCACAAUUCAUGAAGGGAAACCUUCUGCUGUCAAAUGUAUUUAUUUAGAAACCAGUCACAUCUAAAUGUACAAAUACUGUCCAUACCAUCAUGUGCAUGUUCUUAAUAUGAAAUAAAAUAUACAGAGACAUGA